CGGGUUGUUUCAGCAUCAUUCUUUCCUGUUCUGGGAAGUUGCAUUGUCCGGCCUGUAGCUGCUUUUGUUUGGCAGCUGCUUUAUUCAGUCAAUAGAGAAGCAUCCAGGGUGGGAAGUGGCUUAGUGUUUAAAAAUGAAGAAAAUUUGUUUAUUUUUAGUUCAUAGAAACCAGAAGACAGCGAAUAAGUUGAAUGAAUUCUCUACAUGUACUUGUGACACAUCCUGAAUGAUUCUGAAUAGAAAGAACCAAAAGCAUUUUUUGUCUUUCAUCUCACCAUUCAACUUUUAAUGUGCUCAGCUGUCCCAACCGGUCACAUGGACCGUCCACACACACACACACACACACACACACACACACUCUAUGGGCCGGGCCGGCUUGGCCUGCUGGCAUUACUCAUCCCAAUCUCCCACCUGUUGGAUCCUCAUUUGGAAACUUGAGCAUAACAUAAAGGGACGAACAACCAGCAGUUGGAAGAAAAGUCUAGAAAGAGUUCAGAGAAGUUUUCAGCUGCAGAACUGCCUCGAUUUGAGAAGACGUGGAGUUCAAGUAUCACGAUUCCCGCAGAAGCCAUGCUGGUGUGUUUUUAUGUUUACAGUGACAUCUGCUGGUUCUCAUUGCCUGAAGACUGAAUCAGAAAAACCAUGGCCCUUUAUGACGCGUUGGAUGACAAGGACUCUGUGGACAUUCAUGACAACCCGCCGCUCCCCGAUAACGUGGUGAAAGAAGAGGACAACACGGUCUAUUUUGUCUAUGAUGAAGAAGUGGAGGUGGAGGAGAAGGCGGAGCCUCCUCCAGAACCCAUUAAACCAGUCAACGACCGCCCUCACAAGUUCAGGGACCACUACUGCAAGAAGCCCAAGUUCUGCGACGUCUGCGCGCGCAUGAUCGUCCUGAACAACAAGUUCUCGCUGCGAUGUAAGAACUGCAAAACGUGCAUCCACCACCAGUGCCAGGCCUACGUGGAGUUCCAGAAGUGUUUCGGCAAAAUCCCUCCAGGGUUUCGCAGAGCCUACAGUUCUCCUCUGUACAGCAGCCAGCAGAACGCCACCGUGUCACAGCUGCUGCCUUUCUCUCAGUCCAACCGCACCGACCCAGUGUUUGAGACCCUGCGCAUCGGUGUGAGCAUGGCCAACAAGGAACGGAAGAAAGGCUCCGAAGACAAGAAGAACAUGAUGAUGAUGAUGAUGAUGGAGGAAGACGAGUCCCAGCCCAAGGAGGAGGAUGAAGCUGGUGAAGGGGCGAGGCCAGAAGGGGAGAAAAGAGGGGACAAAGCUGCUUCCGAUGACAAGAGUAAAAAGCUUCACCCGGGGAAGUUGGGCGUUUUCAGCCAGUCCCACUAUUAUCUGGCCUUGUACCGGUUCAAGGCCGUAGAGAAAGACGACCUGGACGUGCAUCCUGGGGAUCGCGUCACGGUGACGGACGACUCCAACGAGGAGUGGUGGCGGGGGAAGAUCGGAGAGAGGACCGGCUUCAUCCCGGCCAACUACAUCAUGCGAGUGCGAGCGGGGGAGAGGGUCUACGAGGUGACGCGCUCCUUCGUGGGCAACCGGGAGAUGGGUCAGAUCACCCUGAAGAAGGACCAGAUCGUGGUGAAGAAGGGCGAGGAGGUGAACGGAUACCUGAAGGUCAGCACGGGCCGCAAGAUGGGCUUCUUCCCCGCCGACCUGCUGCAGGAGAUCUGAGGGGGAGCCUCGGAUGGGUCCCGUCCACGGGUCUAUUGGAAUGUCUGACGCUUGUAGUUUUAGUGCUUCAUUCAUCAGAAACGUCACUGUACUGAACAUGUACUGAAUAUAAUAGGUAAUUAAAGGCUUCUUUUUGCA